UUGCAAACUCAGGAAAAUGUCUGGUCACUCACAAAUAGGCUACUCAAAACUGCCACCCCUAGGCGCCCACCAGUUACCCUCAACAGAGACGGUACUUACACCACCGAUAGCCAGGAGACUGCUAAGGCACUUUUGGACCACUUUUACCCGGGUGACUCACCCGACACCUUACCACGACAUCACGAAUUAAGAUCUGACAUGACCAACUCUCCUCAGUCCCAUUACGACCCUCCCUUCACUCAGGAGGAGGUGUUGGAGUGUUUAAGACAAAUGAAUCCCAAAAAGGCUCCCGGACUCGACAACUUAACAUCAGACAUAUGUUUACAGUUUGCGACAGACUAUCCUAGACUCUUGACUGACAUACUUAACCGCUGUCUUGCACUCCAACACUUCCCUAACCAGUGGAAAACCGCUUUUGUCAAAAUUAUCCCGAAGCCGGGUAAGUCUGACUACAGCGCAUUAGAGUCAUUUCGUCCUAUUGGCCUGAUACCUGUGUUCGGCAAGCUGCUGGAAAAACUGUUCAUUAGAAGAGUCACAUACCAUGCACAACGAAAUAAUCUGUUAAACAAAUUUCAGUUCGGUUUCCGGGAACAGACCAACACGUGCGAAGCUAUAAACACUGCGCUCGAUAUAAUAUAUACAAGCGAAAAGUAA